AUGUUUCUGGUUUUCCCCUCUCCAGUGUACGCUGGCCCAGACAUGCGUGGCCUCAGACUCAUCAUACCGCUGGAGCUGCUGCUUUGUUGCUACCUCCUGCUGCACCCUGUGGAUGCCAUUUCAUAUGGAAACCAGACAAAUAUCCUGAUGCACCUUCCCUCAUCCUUGGAAUCCUGGCCACCCUCCUCAGGCCCCUUGCCCUGCCAGACCCUGCUCCCAAAGUCCCUGCCUGGCUUUGCCCAUAUGGCCCCUCUACCCAAGUUUCUGGUAGGCCUGUCACUGAUGAUGGCCCUGAAGGAAGCUGGCUGCCAUGCUGAUGCACAGGCCCUGCAGCUUCAGCUCUACCGCCAGGAGGGUAUACAUGCUACACAGAUCCUCACCCGACAUCUUCAACGGCUGGAGAAAGGCAGAAACACAGAGAGGGGAGUGUCAGUGGAUGCCCUGGCCUCUGCUCUGCAGCUGUUGGCCAGGGGACAGCUAGGCCCAGAAAGGGCCCGACGCUCCACCAUCCAGGACUGCGAUUUUGAACAGGAGCAGGAUGUGCACAGUAUAGUCCAGUGGUUGCCAACAGUGAGAACCUACUACAACCUGGGCACAGCUUUGUAUUAUGCUACUCAGGACUGUUUGGACAAGGCCAAGGAACGAGGCCAAGAUGGGAUCAUAGACCUGGGUUAUGACCUUUUAAUGACCAUGGUUGGACUGGGAGGGGGGCCCAUGGGACUAAUGAUCAGCACUGCACUUAAACCUGCAGUGAAGGCUGGGGUUGAACGGUUGAUCGAGAAUUACCAUGAGAACGAGGCAGCCCGGCCUAUGUGGGUCAUUGGUUGAGCAGCGACCUAUGAACCAGGAGAUUGCAGUUCGAUUCUGGCCAGGGCAUAUGCCCGGAUU